CUUCCUCUUCCGGCGCGGUCCCGCGCAGUUCAAACCGGAGCGGAGCCAUGGCGGGCAGGCCGCUGCAGGAGCUGGAGGAGCUGGAGGAGCUGAGCGAGGAGCUGGGCAAGCUGCUGCUGUCGGGGCGCGCCGCCGCCCUCCUGCGGCAGGGCUUGGAGCUGCAGGCGCGGGGGGACAACGGGCUCCUGGCGGCGCAGGCGGAGGCGACCCGCUUGGACACAGAGCUCCGGGCGGCCGAGGAGACGGUGGCGCGGGCGCUGGUGGCGCGGGAGGCCGCGGUGCAGCGCGGGCGGCAGCGGCUGCGGGAGCUGCGGGACGAGCUGCGGCGGGCGCGGGAGGCGCUCGGCAGCCUCAGGGACAGCAAUGGCGCCCUGCGCCGGGAGCUGGAGGAGCUGAAGGUCCAGCAGCAGCAGCUGGAAGAGGACAACAAGAAGGAUGAGGAUGGGGUCAUCUCCUUGGAGUACAUCAUUCACCUCUACCACAAGCUCAGCCACAUCUCCUGGGACCACGAGGCUGAGCCGUGGCACAUCAAAGGCGUUCACUUCGGACCCCCCAUUGCUCAGCCCAUUGACAUCGACGGCCGGCGCCAUUCCCGCUGCUUCAUCAGUGAUUACCUCUGGAGCCUCAUCCCCAGCGAGUGGUGACCCCCCCCAGCCUGAUACUACCCCCCCCUUUCUGUUUGACCCCCAACACCACCAUUGGGAACCCAAUAAACUCAGGCAAGUGGGUGCCAGCCUCAA